AUGAAUGCACAAACGUUUAAAAAACAAACUCGACUUUCAUCUACAAAUUUUGUUGAAGACGACUGGGUACUCGUUGGUGAUAAUGGUGUUGUAACAAAUCGUGUUGUUGAUAAAAUGUCCUGUACACUCGAUUCGGACGAAAUGCAUAACAGCUGGAUUGCUACACCACCACUCAGUGUUCCAGUAGCAUUACAAGCAUCCAUUCCGCUUAAUCCAAUUGAUAAUCUAUUAAUUGAGCAUCCGAGUAUGUCAGUAUAUGAGCAAAUCACCCGACCUCGUCGACGAAGGAAAGUAGAAAAUAAAAACCCAAUUAACGAAAACGAUGUGGAUAGUCAACAGGAACCGGAUGACAAAAGUGAUAUAACAUUUUCUAUACAGGUUUCUCAAAGUUCUACGAACGAACAUCGUUCGCUGUCAAAAUCAUCAUCCACAUCAAAUAACGAUAUUUCUAGUCAUUUAUCGAAAUUAAACGCAUCUGAUACAUCCACAUCCAUCUCGUCUUCAUUAUACCACUAUCAUCGUCGUCGAACUCAUAUUCAUAAUCGCAAAUCAUCAUCAAAAACAAAAAGUAAACAAAACGAUGAACAACCGUUUGUUCAACGUUCACAAAAAAGCAUUUCGACUCUGCAUCACACACGAGGAACGAAUAGUAUUCGUGCUCUUCAACAACCACAUCAAAGAACACUAUGUCACUAA